AUGGAGGAAACAGGAAACCUCCAGCCUCCUCCGAUUUUAAUCCCACCCGAGGCGAUGCAAAUGCCGCCUAUCGACGAUCAAGCGGGCGUUCCCCCGAACCCCAACGCUUUCGGCCCCCCCGGCACGCAAGGAUGGCCCAACGAGGAGUUCCCCAACCUUCAACCGCCUGCUUCGAUCAACGAAAAGCAACUACCCUCGCUGUUGUCCCUCAAAGUAGACCCCCCGGAACAACUAAUGGAAUCCAACGCGGAAGUGGUGCUGCCCCAAGUGCUCGAAGACGUGCUGGCUUUGAAGGACCAAAGGCAGCUGGAGCUCGGGACGGACGUUGAAUCCGGAGAAGAAAAAACCCGGAGCAACCAAUCGGAGCGGGAGCCCUUGUGGGAGAAGGACGAUAACGUCGACACGGUGAUUGAUACGGAAGUGGAGCCGUUGAAGCAGCACAAAGAGAAGGAAUUGAAAGAUAAGAUGAGCAAAAAUAAGAAGAAGAAAAAGAGGAAGAAGAACCGAAAGAAUCGAGAGAAUGAUGAGAAGAUCGAUAACGAUAGUACUGCGGAUAAUCGAGAUAAGGAAUCAAGCGAAGACAAAGAAGUAGAAAUCGAGUACAUACAAGAAACGAUCGGUCUACACGAGCUAGCCCCGCAGUAUCGACAAUUCUACAGUAUAUUCGAAUCGUUCAAAAUAUCCGAUCACAAAGCCGAUAUAGCCCCGCCUGUACUGGCCUUACCCACUUCCCUAUCCAGCAAAACCCUACCGAUCGGCGACGACAUGGACGAGGACGAUUCCGAAGACAAGAAACUGGACGAUAAAACUAAAUUGUCCAAAAGGAAAAUGAAAAAGCUCACCAGAUUGAGCGUGGCCGAAUUGAAGCAAUUGGUCAACAGACCGGACGUGGUCGAAAUGCACGACGUCACCGCCAGGGAUCCGAAGUUGCUGGUGCAGCUCAAAGCUCACCGGAAUACCGUACAAGUGCCGAGACAUUGGUGUUUCAAACGGAAGUACUUGCAAGGUAAACGGGGCAUCGAAAAGCCGCCGUUCAAUUUGCCGGACUUUAUCAAAAAAACGGGCAUAAUGGAGAUGAGAGCUUCGUUGCAGGACAAGGACGAAUCGAAGACGUUGAAAGCUAAAAUGAGAGAGAGGACUCGACCUAAAUUGGGAAAGAUCGAUAUCGAUUACCAGAAAUUGCACGACGCGUUUUUCAAAUGGCAAACCAAACCGAAGAUGACGAUCCACGGCGACCUCUACUACGAAGGCAAAGAGUUCGAAACCAGAUUGAAGGAGAAGAAACCCGGCGAUCUGACCGAAGAGCUGCGCACCGCCCUCGGCAUGCCGGUGGGCCCGAACGCGCACAAAGUGCCGCCGCCCUGGUUGAUCGCCAUGCAACGUUACGGGCCGCCCCCGAGCUAUCCCAAUCUAAAAAUACCCGGCCUGAACGCCCCCAUACCGGAGGGCUGCGCCUUCGGCUACCACGCGGGCGGCUGGGGCAAGCCGCCAGUCGACGAGAGCGGCAAGCCGCUCUACGGCGACGUCUUCGGCACCAACGCCAGUAAUAUAGAUGACAUUGGAGAAGAUCCGAACAUCGAUCGAUCGCUGUGGGGCGCUUUAGAGUCCGAAUCUGAGGAGGAAAGCGAAGAGGAAGAAGAAGAAGAAGAGAAGGAAACGCAAACUGUAACCGACGAAACCGGUUUAAUAACACCAGCCGAAGGUUUAGUAACACCCAGCGGUAUAUCGAGCAUACCGGCCGGCAUGGAAACGCCCGAAACCAUCGAAUUGCGCAAGAAGAAAAUCGAAAACGAAAUGGAAGGCGCCGAAACGCCCGUGUUGUAUCACAUCAUACCGGAGAAACGGAACGAUCGCAUCGGCAACGCCAUGAUGGCGAGCAGCCACACGUACGACAUGAGUAGCGUGAGUAACGCCGGCGGGGGAGGCGUCGCGGCGCCCGCGGCGGCUGCGGCCGCCAAAAGGGCGGACAGAGAGGGUAUGGUCGAGUUGGCGUUGGAUCCGUCCGAAUUGGACAUGGACAGCGACGCGAUGGCUGUGAGAUACGAGCAACAGAUGCGCGAGAACCAGUCGCAAUUGCAGAAGGAGGAUCUGAGCGAUAUGUUGGCCGAGCACGUUGCCAAACAGAAGAGCAAGCGAAAGAGACAACAGCAGGAUAUGAAGCAAACGAAGAAAUAUAAGGAAUUCAAAUUUUAA